CAGGGAGCGGAAUUGGUGGUGACAGCAGUGACUACGCAUGCGUUUGGUAAGGCGGUUAAAUUUAAAAAAUGUAUCUGGAGGACAAUGCCAAGAGAAAGGAUUACUAAGAGUGUGUAUUAUUUGGAAAAAGACACAUAUAUCAUACAGAUACAUUUCCUUACUGUUGUAACAGCAGGUAUCUUCAUGCACAAAUGGAGGACCCUGGAUCUGUACAAAAUGAAAAUGGUCAGACUGAACUGAAACCGAAGAGGAGGAUCUCAUCAAUAUUGAAGGCACCUCGGAGUCCCCUUACGUCUAUUGGGCCUAUCAAUGACAGAGUUAAGGAGUGUCCAACAAAGCCAGCUGAAAAAAAACAGCGCAAAUCUCGGAGAGUCAGCUUUGCUGAGACCACAGGUGUAAAGGUGUUUGAGAAAGAUGCUACAGAGAUAACACUUUUGAAUAAUGCAGCAAAGGAAGUGGAAGGGGAGCAGCAGAAGAUGGACGCUGUUCAAGAUGUGAAACGACAAAUUACUGGUAUGGAAACAUUGCUUCAUGCUCCCAUCCAGGUUUCCCAGCAACAGUUUGGGGAAAACUACAAUGAACAAGUCAACGUCGAGAGAACCACGGGUGACAGGGCAAUUGUGUUUUCCGGUGAUAAUGAAGACAUGGAUAUGACCUACAGCCACACCGUUCUCAUUAAUGAAAAUCCAGCCAGUAAUGAAAAUCCUUCUUCAUCCAAAACUGGAAAAGUGGACUUUAAGGAUUUUCUUUCCAGGCUUAAUGCAGCAAAAAAAACAGAUGAACAAUUAAAGAUAACAAAAAAUCACAAUGUGCACCGUCAGACAAGUGACAUGGAAGCCUUUAUUUGUGAUUCCAACCCAGUUACACUGCAAAAGUUUGAGAAAAACUGCAAUGAUCAAUUCAACUUGCAAAGAACCAUGGGAGACAAGACAAUUGUAUUUUCCAGUGAUAACAAUGAAGACAUGAAUGUGACUCGUAGCCACACCGUUCUCAUUGAUGAAAAUUAUGAUAAAAGGAAAAGUAGAGCUUCUACUUCCGUCAAGUUGGAUUUCAAAACGUUAAUUUCAGGUGUAAAGACAAGUGAGGAGGAUAAUCUGUCCGGAAGAAGGCAGGCCCAUACACCUUAUAGUAGUUCUGAAGAUCAAGCGCUCUCUGGGAAAGCCCUUGCAGAAAACAAAUCUCAGUUUACAGGGUUCCUGUCAAGCAUUAACCCUAAUGGACAAAGUGCAUCUGUAAAUUUAAAUGGACCAAUUGAUAAUCUGCCAGUAAUUCAGCCAAAUCCUCCUUCAUUAAAAGAUGGAAAAGUAGACUUUAAGGAUUUUCUUUCCAGACUUAAUGCGGGUAAAUCCACGACUGCUAAAGAAAACAGUUUUGCUGCAAGUACAGAGAUGUUCAGUUUUGACUUGGACAAACCAUGGGCGAACAAUGCUAAUAGUUCUUUGCCAACUAACACUGAUAGUUUAGGCGUGAACUUCUUUCCAGAAAAAAGGAAUGUUUUGUUUGAGGAGCCGGAUAUGGAGAGUACCAAAAGCCACACUGCUGCAAUUGACGACAACUUUAUGAGACAGUUAACUGGUCAACAAGAGGAUUUUACUGGAAAUCAAAGACCAUGCAGUCUUCAACCAAGUAUGUCAUUAUUUCCCACUGACCAGGAACUAAAAAGGAGUGGCACUGUUAGCAAAAAGUCUGUUAACCGGGUAUUGUCUGAAAGUGUACCUGGUUCUUCAUUCCUUUUCCCUAAAGAUCAAACCAUUGUGUUUGCUGGAGAUGACAAUAUGGAUAUGACUAGAAGUCACACAGUUGCAAUAGAUAGUCAGAGUCUACAACAUAACAUGACUGGACAAAGUGUGUUUGGGACUGGUAGGGAAAUCCGCUGUGAAUCUGGAAAAUCUCUAAAGACAAGCAGUACUGUAGAGAAUCGUACAGAAAGGUCUGAACUUGGUCUGAAUCUGUCAAAGAACAUCACUACUCACUACUCCCAACCUGAUGAGCAAGAUGAUAUGGAAAUGACAAAAAGCCAGACAGUUGCAAUUGACUACAAGGAUAUUGAGGCAAUUAAUCAACAAAUGGAGAGCACAAGAACAUCUAGAAAAAGCGUGUCUGGCUUAUGUUCUAUUCCUGGUUAUAAAACCGUUGCCUUUAGAGACGAACAAGAUGAUAUGGAAAUGACAAGAAGCCAGACAGUUGCAAUUGAUUACAAGGAUGUUGAGGCAGUUAGCAAUCCAAUUACAUGGACCAGCAGAAGUGUUGGUGCCCCAGUAAUGUCACUUCCCACUGAUAAAACAGUUGUGUUUUCUGAAGAACUGGAUGAUAUGGACAUAACUAAAUGUCAUACCGUGGCUAUUGAUAGCAGAAGUCUUUUGCAAACUUCAGCUGGAGGUAAGAUGGACUGCAAGAAUAUGGAAGCAGUUAAUCCACUAAUGGAGAUCUGUAGAAAACCUCGGAAAAGUGUGGGUGGUUUAUUUUCUCUUCCUGCAGAUAAAACUGUUAUGUUCACUGAGGAACAGGAUGACAUGGACAUGACUAAAAGCUUAACAGUUGCUAUUGACUGCAAGACUAUUGAGGCAGUUAAUCCACUAAAGGAGUUCACCAGAAAAUCAAGAAGUGUGGCUGGUUUGACUUUUCCUGUAGUUAAAACUGCACUGUUUACAGAGGAACAUGAUGAUAUGGACAUGACUAAAAGCCAUACAGUGGCUAUUGACAGUAAGCGCUUUAUGCAAGCUUCAGGAGUCUUUUCAGAAUCCAAGUCUUUGUCUAAAAGUGGCCAAAACAGUGCUUUAGUCUGUGAUGAACAAGAUGACAUGGAAAUGACAAGAAGCCAGACUGUUGCAAUAGACUACAAAAAUAUAGAAGCAGUAAAUGUUGCAGCAGUGAGUUCCAGCAAAAGAGGUACUCCUGGGACCAUACCUACCGAUAAAACAGUUGUGUUUUCUGAAGAACUGGAUGAUAUGGACAUGACUAAAUGUCAUACCGUGGCUAUUGAUAGCACAAGUCUUUUGCAAACUUCAACUGGAGGUAAGAUGGACUGCAAGAAUAUGGAAGCAGUUAAUCCACUAAUGGAGAUUUGUAGAAAACCUCAGAAAAGUGUGGGUAGUUUAUUUUCUUUUCCUGCAGAUAAAACUGUUAUGUUCGCUGAAGAACAGGAUGAUAUGGAAAUGACAAGAAGCCAGACAGUUGCAAUUGAUUACAAGGAUGUUGAGGCAGUUAGCAAUCCAAUAACAUGGACCAGCAGAAGUGUUGGUGCCCCAGUAAUGUCACUUCCCACUGAUAAAACAGUUGUGUUUUCUGAAGAACUGGAUGAUAUGGACAUAACUAAAUGUCAUACCGUGGCUAUUGAUAGCAGAAGUCUUUUGCAAACUUCAGCUGGAGGUAAGAUGGACUGCAAGAAUAUGGAAACAGUUAAUCCACUAAUGGAGAUUUGUAGAAAACCUCGGAAAAGUGUGGGUGGUUUAUUUUCUUUUCCUGCAGAUAAAACUGUUAUGUUCGCUGAAGAACAGGAUGAUAUGGAAAUGACAAGAAGCCAGACAGUUGCAAUUGAUUACAAGGAUGUUGAGGCAGUUAGCAAUCCAAUAACAUGGACCAGCAGAAGUGUUGGUGCCCCAGUAAUGUCACUUCCCACUGAUAAAACAGUUGUGUUUUCUGAAGAACUGGAUGAUAUGGACAUAACUAAAUGUCAUACCGUGGCUAUUGAUAGCAGAAGUCUUUUGCAAACUUCAGCUGGAGGUAAGAUGGACUGCAAGAAUAUGGAAACAGUUAAUCCACUAAUGGAGAUUUGUAGAAAACCUCGGAAAAGUGUGGGUGGUUUAUUUUCUUUUCCUGCAGAUAAAACUGUUAUGUUCGCUGAAGAACAGGAUGAUAUGGACAUGACAAGAAGCCAGACAGUUGCAAUUGAUUACAAGGAUGUUGAGGCAGUUAGCAAUCCAAUUACAUGGACCAGCAGAAGUGUUGGUGCCCCAGUAAUGUCACUUCCCACUGAUAAAACAGUUGUGUUUUCUGAAGAACUGGAUGAUAUGGACAUAACUAAAUGCCAUACCGUGGCUAUAGACAGCAGUGGCCUUUUGCAAACUUCAAAUGGAGGCAAGAUGGACUACAAGAAUAUAGAUGCUGUUAAUCCACAAAUGGAGAUCACCAGGAAGCCUAAAAAAAGUGUGACUGGUUUAUUUUUUCUACCUGCAGAUAAAACUGUUAUGUUUGCAGAGGAACAUGAUGAUAUGGACAUGACUAAAAGCCAUACAGCGGCUAUUGACAGCAGGGUCCUUUCAGAGUCCUCCAGUAAAGAAAAGAUAGACUGCAAAAAUUUAGAGACUGUUAAUCCACUUUUUGGGACGAGAAAAUCUCGAAAAAGUGUGGCUGGUAUAUGUUCUCUUCCUGCAGAUAGAACUGUUAUGUUUGCAGAGGAAAAUGAUGAUAUGGACAUGACUAAAAGUUAUACAGUAGCUAUUGACAGCAAGAGCAUCUUACAAGCUCCAAACAAAGAAACGACUGUGUUAGAAUCUACUCUUUCUUUGUGUAAAAGUGACCUUAGUGCUGUUUUGUUGUCUGAUGAGCAAGAAGACAUGGAAAUAACAAGAAGCAAAACUGUUGCAAUUGACUACAAAAAUAUUGAUUUAAAUUGUGAACUAGUAAUGGGGAUCUCUAGGAAAAGUGCUGGUUUAGCAUCCCAUCCAUCAGAUAAAACUGUAGUGUUUUCAGGGGAAGAGAAUGAUAUGGAAAUUACUAAAAGUCACACAGUUGCUAUUGACGGUAGCAGCUUUGAGGCCAGUGCAAAACAGAACUUAAUUAUGCCAAAUAAGCCUGGAAGAGCAAGUUCCCUGCAGAUAAAUUGGAUUUCUCAGAACAAAAAGACUGAAGAUGAAAUGGAAAUGACCAGAAGUCAUACUGUCUGUAUAGAUGACCAGCUUCCUAUGGAGACUCGAGGUAUAUACAGUGUUGCAUCAUCAUCUGAUAAUAGGACUGUAGUAUUUUCAUCUGAACAGGAUGAUAUGGAUAUAACCAGAAGCAAUACAGUAGCAAUCGACAGCAAAGAUCUGCAGACCACUAAGAAUGUGAGAGAAUCAGUAUUGACUGCUCCUAAUGAGCAAAACAGUGUUUUCUCUGGAGGGGAAAACAUGAGUGCAAACCGUGGUAUUGGUGGCAGUAAUGAUAACAGUGCACAUCUAAACAAUAAAAAAAAAAAUUUUGACCCUGAGAAGCAAGAGGCAGAAGUUGUGGAUUCUAAAGACAAGAUAGAUGCUGCUCAUGUCAGUAAUCAAACUGCAAAACUCAAGAGAAAGAGUGUUUCUUUCAGAUUUCCAGAACAUGAAUUAGAUUCUGAAAGGGAAGUAAAAAUAAUCUGUACAGAUCCAACCACCGAGUUAAACUGUUUGAAUACUAUUCUUUUGGAAAACACUGAAAGUUUCAGAUGUCAGACACUAAAUAAAGAACUUACUGAAACUGUUCAUGUGGAUAAGGCAAGUGAAAACUUAAACAUGGGAAAUGAUGACGAGCAUGCACCCCACCAGCCUCCAAUGGUGGAAAGUGAUGGAAAUAUAUCAUUGCAGAAAACAUCUUUCUGCGAAGAAUCCAUAUUUACAGGAGAAGAGCCUCUACUAGUGGCCACAAAAGCUAGAAGGAGGAGUCUUGCUGAUAUCCAUUCAAAGCUUAAAAGCAUUCGAAAGAUUUAUGAAGAAUGUCCAGAGAAGGAAAUGUCUAGUCAUACAGCCCCUUUGCCUUUGCAGGUAAUAGAGUUAAAACCUGAAAACACAGAUCGCAAGAAAGAAGAUGCAUUAUCUAACAAAAGCUGUCGAAAUGAGAAUAAAAGCUUUGCUGACAAAAGUGAGUUCAUGGAAGAAGCACCUGAAGAGCCUAGGGAUCAGCCAUUGGAAAGCAGUUUUGUUCUUGGAGAUCAAACUAGGAAUGUGACUACGCCAGUAAACUUCAGCAAAGAAACGCCUCAAACAAAACGGGUAUCACUUGGAGUUUUCCGUCCUAAGCUGCCGAAUAAAAAGAGACCACAUUCGUCUGAAGGCUUUUUGGAUGACAGUAAUCCGACUAAGUUAACAGGCUACCAUCUCUUUGGAAAACACCUCACUAAAACAGCUGGUUUGGGAGCUCUAGAAGAUGCAUCUAGGCCACAAAGUACAUUUUCUUUAGUGGAAAACCUACAUGAAGAAAUACUUCCAGAAUUUAAUGACGAGAUGGAUUCAGCUGAAAGCUUGAACAGUGAAUUUCCAACAAGCUGUUAUGACGAGACCAAGCCUAUGGAGGAACUUCAAAAAAAGAGUAACACAGAGGAUUCAUUCUUUGUCUGCCCAGAACCAGUGGGAACAAGAGGCCAGAAAAGACCAUUGCCAGAAGACAGCAGUGAGGAUAAAAUGUUAAUUGAGAGUACUGAGAAAAGGAGGAGCCAAGAUGGGGUGUCUUCAAACAGAGAACAGGUGACAAAGUAUACGAGCCAGUGGGACAGCAGUGGAGAAGGUAUCGCAGCAGAAAAUCCACCAAGCAUGCUGGCUAAGACCUUGGACAGCACCAACUCUAGCAGCAACACACUGAACUUCACCAAAUGUGAUAGUACCUUCGGUGACUUAAGUGAACAGAGAUACAGUCAGAUGGAGUCCCAGUUUCUAGAUGGUGAUCGGUAUGAACACAACUUAAGAGAGAAAUGUCUGGAUGGCAGUAUCACAGUUAAAGAGUUUUUACAGGUCCUUGGGGUCAAUAUCCUUAUCCAGAGACCUAGACAGAGCCAGCUUCCCCCCAAAUUUGCAACCGAUGCAGCCCCUACACCUGAGGAUUGGCUAAAUGAGAUGUAUGUUUAUCGGCCACAACUUAAGGUUUAUGAGGAAGACUGCCAAGCCCUGUAUGAAACCGUUGAGAAGUUAAAGAAACGAAAUUGUGAUCAGGAGAAAAGUUUGAGGAGUUUAAAUGAACCUCUUUGGAAGAUGGUGAAAACGUAUUCUGAAGAACAGUUGAGAAGCCUAGGAUUGAUGCUGAAUGAAAGGAAGUCAGAUUUCAGAAGGAAAUCUAAAAUGUUGUCUCACGAAAGAAAGGUUGGCCUGUAUUCCAAGCUGCUGCAGUCUGCACAAUCUGAACAGAAGAAAUUGGAAGACAAGAUUACCAUGACUGACAAAUUACUUUCUGACCUGGAUGAAUGUAUGAGUUCUCUGGAAGCUGAAGCUACAAACAUGGAUUUAUUUGAGGUGGAAGAUGAUGACCACAGUAUUUCUGAGCUGGAACUCGCUGUGAAAGCCAUGGAAGAAGAAUUUGAACAUUUAAAGACACAGGAGGCAAAUAUUGAAAGAGAACAGUUGAAUUUAUAUUCUGAACAAAAGAACAUGAAGAGUAAACUUUGUAAGUUGCAGGAGAAAAAAAGGCAGUUGGAAAUGUCAAUUCAAGAGCUCAGCAGUUUGGCAGAAUGGACACUUUCUGAAUGGCUGGAUGAGAGAGCCGUCUUCACCUUUCUUAAUGGCUCCCUUGAACUUGAACUGAUAUUUGGAGAACCAAUUGAUGGAGUUCAGUUUAAUGGCAAACCAGGCAAGAAGAUACUGGAUAUAAAGGUUUACACACUCCUGGAUGAUGAGGCAGCCCCAUCAUCUUCACUUGUUGCUCACAAACUGAUCACCCAGUUUUUUGAGAGUAAAGGCAGCUUGUGCCAGAAAUACACAACACAGCAAGAUCUUCAAAAGCUUCUACUUGAUAUUUCUCUUGUGGUCUGUCGUUGUCGCCUCCUUGGAGAAGAACUCCAUUAUCUCCAGAAGAAUGGCCCUGCUAAGUUUGAAAUCCUGGAAAUGGUGAUUUUGAACACAGACAUCAAGAUCAUCUUCUCUAGUUUCAAAGCAUUUGCCAAGUUUGAGAUCACAUUGUCUCUAACCCCAGUUUACCCAGCAUCUCGACUUCAUCUGUCAAGUUUCAAAAACUACAUUGGAAACGCAAGCUGUGACCAGGUGGAACAAAUUAUAUCUACUGUUAAACCAGCAAAUUCUUAUUUGACCAGAAUAGUUGAAAAGAUUCACCAGAAUCUACUCACUAAAGAGCAUCCCUGGAACACUGUGUGUUGAAGAAGCUCAAUAUAUCCUCAUGUCAUUCUGUAUAUAUGCAAUGCAACGUGAUGCUGUACAAAGCCAUAUGGGUGCAGCAACCCCUGCCAAUACUGUGGAUAAUAUAUGCAGGUAAAGCCUGAAAACUUGUCUCAACCUUUUUUUUGUAACUUUGAAACAUGUUUAUGUAAAGAAUUGUUGUAAUAUGAAACUUGGUGUUCUCUUGUUAUAAUAUUUAGAAAGUUGGAUUUUGUCAGAUAUUCAAAUCAGUGUUCUGAUGUUUUUAUAAAGUAAAAAAUGUUAUUUCAGCAUAAUUUUAAAAAGGGGCAACAUUUGCUAUUUUUCAUUACUAAUAAAUGACAAAGACUUUGUUUUACAUUCUGAAAAUGCAGUGAUAUUCUAACCAAAUCAGAGAAGUACUUUUUAAGAGUUUUGUCCCUUUUUAAAAAACAAAGUGAAUUCAGUUGUUGAAUAAAAUGUGUUUGCAUCCAA